GUGGUGACAGUGGAUUGGAUGGGUUAGGAGGACCAGGAGUACAACUCGGAAGCCCCGAUAAGAAAAAGCGCAAAGCAAAUACACAGGGAUCAUCAUUUCCUCCUCCAUCUGAAUAUGCUCCACCGCCGAAUCCAAGCUCUGACCACCUUGUAGCUGCAAAUCCAUUUGAUGACAACUAUAAUACUGUGUCUUAUAAACCACUUCCUUCAGGAAAUCCAUAUUUUAGUAAUCCUGGUUAUCCUGGCUUUGGAGGCUAUAACACUUUCAGAAUGCCACCUCACAUGCUGCCCAGGGUGUCCUCACCGUAUGGUGGUUCUUACUCCCUCAGAAACCAACCGCAUCCCCUUCCUCAAAACCCUGUGGGAAUGGGUUUUAGUCGACCCCACUCUUUCAGCUUCGGUCCACACGAUAAUCCAGGCUUUGGGAAUCAACCACCUUAUAGUAGCGGUCAGAUAAAUCAAAAUGUCAAUAUGCCUGGUCAGCAUUUCAGACCAAAUCCUGGUGAGAACUUCGGCCAUUCUGGUCAGAUACCUCACCCUGAUGUGCCAUCUAACUUUGGUCCCGGAAACAAUCCAAAUUUCCCAAGUUCUCAGCUAGAGCCAAACCAUUCUUUUGUUCCUCCACCAAACACAUACAACCAGACAAAGUCAUCAGCACAAAAGCAAGACUUUAGUCAAGGUGCAAGCAAAGCAUCUAGCCAGAACACUGCUGCUCAUCAGCAUCAUCACAGGACAGAGGACAUUGUGAGUCAAGGUAACAGUGACCUAAAAAAUGUUACUCGAAACAGUGUGGUAAAUCAGGAUAAUAGCCAUUCUAAUAGUGCUGAUAACACUAAUGCUGGUCAUUCAAAUGGGACGCAGAGUAAGUCCCGCCAGCCCCGAGGUGCUGCUGAAGGAUGCAACUCUGAAAAGAGCAGCAAAACACCUCUUCAUCCCAGUCGUCAUGGUCACUCGUCCUCUGAACCCGUCUAUCCAUGUGGAAUUUGUACACAUGAAGUUAAUGAUGACCAGGAUGCCAUCUUGUGUGAAGCCUCUUGCCAAAAAUGGUUUCAUCGGAUCUGUACAGGCAUGACUGAGUCAGCUUAUGGCCUUCUUACAGCAGAAGCAUCAGCGGUGUGGGGUUGUGAUACUUGCAUGGCUGACAAAGAUGUCCAGUUAAUGCGCACAAGAGAGACUGCAGGACCCCCUGCAUUGAAUACGGAUGGCUAACAGCGCAAAUUGGCAGUAGUGGUUGAAACACUUGCUAUGAAAAUUUGGUUACAAAUUGGGUACUUCGCUUUCUGCAGACAAUCAGUUGUGUUUGGUUGCUGUCGUCUUUUUUCCCCUCAUCGGUUUUCAUUCAUAAACUUCCAUCUCAGCUUUUGUACUCUUAGUUUUGUAUGUGCAAAUGUUUUACAGGAUGGAAUGUUUUUUGGUUUUGAUUAAACUAAAACAUAACUGACAACUUAUCAGGAGUGGGAUGUACAUUGACAAAUUUAUUGAAGGCAAAAACGUGCCUGUGUGAGUAGCCCCUAAUUUGCUACUGUUAAAGUGUUAACUAACACUAGCUAACAUUUAGUGCUCAGUGGUAAUGGUACUGUAUUUGGAAGUACUCAUUACAUUUUUUUUUGGGGGGGGUGAAUCUCGAUUACUGAUGUUCUUGCUCUCCUUUCUUUGAAUAUAGUGGAGAUUACAUGGCAGAAUGUGCAGUACUGAUAGUUUUUAUUUUAGGGUAAAUAUGGAGAAU